AUGGCGGUGCGUUCAAACGGCUACGGCGCCGAAGCAGGCCAGCUGAGUCCAGUCCCCCAGUUUGAGCGCCAGCUGUCGUGCGGCCGCUCCUGCGGAGGCUGCACGAGCGGGGCUGGAAGCAUGCGCUCGUCCCGCUGCCCCUCGCCGGCUCCGCCAGUCCGAUCCGCUUCCGCCGCCGCUUUCCCCGACUUCGAGGGCGGCGACAUCGCCAGAGGCUGCGCCCUGGAUUCCGCCGAUGGCGCAACCGGCGGAAGGAGCAAGCGGCGCGCGCUGCACCGCGGCGCAGGCAGUGCGCAAGAUGGAUCUGCACGGUCCGCUUUUCCGGAUUAUGACGCUUCGGCGGCGGCGGCGGCAUGUGGGCUCGUCCCGUCACCGUCGCCGCCUCCGCCGGGGUUGGCGCAAUGGCAGCAGCAGCAGUCCUUUUCAAGAUCUGCCACCUACAGCCGCAGCGAUUCCCGCGAAAUCGACUUCCAGCGCGACCCGCGGCCUGCGCCGCGCGCGCGGUGCCCCUCCGCGCCGUCGACGCCCGUCCGCCGAACGAGUCUGGACCGCCGCGCAAUGAGGGCGGGGCUUCCGCACCCCGCGGACGCGUCCGUCGCCGUGGCGUCGCUCCGCGUCCGGAGCCCAACGGCAGGUGCUCGGAGCCUGUUCACAGCGAUCGACUCGGACUGCGAAAGCCAAUGCGACGAUGGGGAGAUCGCUGACGAGGAGGGGAGCGUGAAGUCGGGUUGCUCGUUGCCUUCGCCACAGGAUGCGGCAGCGGCGGAAGAGAGGCGGAGGGAGAGAGAGAAGCGGGAAUGGAUGAUGAUGCAGCGGCAGAUGAUGCGUCAGGAGCACAUGCAGCACCAGCAGCAGCGGCAGCAGCAGCGGCAGCAGCAGCCGGCAGCAGCAGCAGCAGCAGAUGCAGUAUCAUCAGAUGCAGCUGCAGAUUCGCCAGCAGCCAAUCCCGAAGCAGCGUUUGCUAACACUGAGGAUUUCACAAAGGCAGGCGGCUCUGACCUGCAUUACGUCCAGAUGCAGGCUACCAAGCCGAUGGAGGAUCAGCCAAAGAUCGCCAGCAAGCUCCUCCCUCUAGACACCAAAGAGUCAUCGGUGCUCGACGUAUUGGUGGUCGGCUGUGGGCCCGCAGGGCUCUCUAUCGCGGCAGAGUGCGCCAAGCGCGGACUCACGGUGGGGCUGGUGGCCGAGAUGCACCCUUCCGUCAACAACUAUGGCGUCUGGCUCGACGAAUUCAAAGGUGGCAAGAUCUUCGCUGCCCUUGAUCACCCUGCCCCCGGGUGCCAGCAGGCGGGAGUGUGGUAUGUGGAGGAGGAGGUGGAGAGCAUAGAGGACAAUGCGCGGCUAGCAGCAAUGAAGUUUGCAGGCGGGACAGUGCGAUAUGUGGAGAGGGAGGCAGUGAGCAUAGAGGAUGAUGCACGGAGCAGCACAGUAGCGUUUGAGCCUACUCAGCAGCCACAUUCGCCCUGUUAUCGCAUCAUUCCUUGCUCGCCCUACCCACCAGAUGCCAGCAGGCUGGGAGUGCGGUAUGUGGAGAAGGCGGUGGAGAGCAUGGAUGACGAUGCACGGAGCAGCUCAGUGGCGUGCACUCGAUGGGUCAAUCAUCAACAGCAGAGCAGCACAGUGGCAUGCACUGAUGGCUCUCGCACCAACAGCAGGCUCGUUGUGGUGGCGGCUGGAGCAGCUUCUGGGAAGUUUCUCAAGUACGACAAUGACACGAGAGGCGUGGGCGUGCAAACAGCAUACGGCAUCGAAGUGGAGCUGGACUCAGCCUACCCGUACAACCCAGCCAGCAUGCUGUUCAUGGACUAUCGGGACCUCCAACGCUCCAGGGAGGAGCUGGCAGCCGAAGGGGAGCUCUCCCAGCGCCCCAGCUUCCUCUACGCCAUGCCUCCACCCCCACACGGGUGUUCUUCCAGGUGGGAGCAACAGAAAGUUCAGCUCGUUCCAUGCUUGUUUAAAUCAGAUGUCAUGACAAGUGAGGGCAAUGCAUUUUAUGUCUCGUUCUAUCUCGUACCGUGUCACGAGGAGCAGGCAGAGGAGAGAGUGCUCCCUCAGCGCCCCAGCUUCCUCUACGCCAUGCCUUCCACCCCCACAUGGGUCUUCUUCCAGGCAGCCAAGGAGAAGCUCUCCCAGCGCCCCAGCUUCCUCUACGCCAUGCCUUCUGCCCCCCCUUUCUCCCACUCCCCUUUCCCUCCUCCCCAACCCGCGCCUCCCUGGGUAACAGGAGACGUGCCUGGCGUCCCGCCCUGCAAUGCCGAGACGUGCCUGGCGUCCCGCCCUGCAAUGCCGUUUGACAUGCUUCCAAAGCUUCCCUCUGCUUCUCCUCUUCUCCUCCCUCCGUCUCCCCUUUUUCCAUCCACCCGCUCAUUCUCUCAUAACAGGAGAGUGCCUGGCGAGACGUGCCUGGCAUCCCGCCCUGCAAUGCCGUUUGACAUGCUCAAAACGCGCCUGCGCAGCCGGCUGGCACAGCUGGGGGUGAAAUACACCGUGACGCACGAGGAGGUGAGAGCCGUGUCUGACCGUCCUCUUCAGAGUGAUUGUUUGAUUGUUGUUCUUCGCUCAUGUAGUGACUGCAGCCAGCUGGCACAGCUGGGGGUGAAAUACACCGUGACGCACGAGGAGGUGAGAGCCGUGAUUGGCCGUCCACUUGAGUGGGCGGCUCUCUCCCUCACACCACGCAGCAGCACCUGGGCUUUCCCCAUCCCUGCUUACCACGCCCCUGCCCUCCCUCACCCCUAUUCCCUUCUCCCCUUCGCCCCACCUACCAGGAGUGGUCCUACAUCCCUUUUGAGACGUCUCAAAAGUUCUCCCCUUCGCCCCACCUACCAGGAGUGGUCCUACAUCCCUUUUGAGACGGCUCUCUCCCUUCGCCCCACCUACCAGGAGUGGUCCUACAUCCCUUUUGAGACGUCUCAAAAGUUCUCCCCUGCCCCACCUACCCUGGUCACAUCCCUUACGAGUGGUCCUACAUCCCUUUUGAGACGUCUCAAAAGUUCUCCCCUUCGCCCCACCUACCAGGAGUGGUCCUACAUCCCUUUUGAGACGUCUCAAAAGUUCUCCCCUUCGCCCCACCUACCAGAGUGGUCCUACAUCCCUGUGGGCGGCUCUCUCCCUCUUACCACGCAGCAGCACCUGGGCUUUGGUGCUGCUGCGUCCAUGAUUCAUCCUGCCACAGGCUACUCUAUCACUCGCUCUCUCACCGAAGCUCCCCACUAUGCCACUGCCCUCGCUGCUGCUCUGCGCUCUCCCAGCCGAACUUCACUAGAAGCUGCAACUCAAGGUAGGCUGGUGUUGGGUGCUGUGGAGCUGUGGGGCUAUCGAGCCUGGGACCACCUGUGGUCAGCAGAGCGCAAGAGGCAGCAAUCAUUCAUGAUAUUUGGCCUCGAGCUCAUUCUGCAGCUCGAUGCACCAGCCACCCGAGACUUCUUCAACGCCUUCUUCAAGCUGCCCCCCAG